AAAAAAAAAGGUGGUGUUGAGAGCCUCCGUCGCCUUGAGAAAAUUUAAUCAUCCAGAUGCGAUCGGUCGUUUGUGCACAGCGAUCAGUCUCCGGCGGCGUUCAAUCUGCAUAUUUCUUAUAAUUCCUUCACCACCUUCUUCAAUCCAUUUCCGCUGCCGCAGGCUCGUGUAUGCCCGAUAACGAUGUCGCGGCAUUGAGAUUGAUUUCACAUCAUACACACAGGGAGUGAGACGAAACACAUUGCACACAAGUUUAGGGCAUUACUAUGGCUGAUAUCUACGUCUGGCUCCUCUCCUUCUUCUUUAUCAUUGCGCUUCUCGUACUCGUCGUUUUCCAGCUAAUGUGCUUAGCUGAUCUUGAAUUUGAUUAUAUCAACCCUUAUGACUCCUCAUCACGGAUAAACAAAGUGGUUGUGCCUGAGUUCAUCACCCAAGGAGUUUUGUGCAUCUUCUAUCUUUUGUCAGGGCAUUGGAUUAUGUCAUUAUUUUGUAUUCCCUACCUCUAUUAUAAUUUAAGAUUGUACACUCAGCGAAAGCACCUGGUAGAUGUUACUGAGAUAUUUAAUCAGUUACCUUGGGAAAAGAAGCAAAGACUUUUCAAACUUAUCUAUCUUGUUUCUCUUCUCUUUCUUUCCAUAUUUUGGUUAAUUUACAGUGCGUUGGAGGAUCAUGAAUCUUGAGUAGAUUCUGCAAAGUGCAAGUUGUUGUCUUGUAGGAGGUAAUGCCACUAUGCGGCUCACUACAAAGCUUUGUAUACUUAUCUUAGGGUAUCUUCUUGUGUUGUAAUUUUGGAUAAAUAAUUGCCUUGUGAGUAAGGUCUAAAGGGUUUGAUUUCCACUAAAUGCUGCCCAUGUUUUGCAGUGCUGUCUAUAAACGAAAAUUUUAAAAACUAUAAAUAUGAGAAUCUUGUUAUGUUUAUAGAAA